AUUGCCUUUAAAAAUAAAUUAAAAAAUAACUACCUACUUUUAAUUAAACAAAAAAUGGAUUCAACAACAACUACCCCAACUUCGUUAUUUAAAAACAACAAAAUGUUAAGCACAAUUUUGCCUAUUUUGGCUAGCACAACUGUAGCUUUAACUUUGGAAGAAUUUAAGAGUAAAUUUUUGUGGGUAAUUAUUGCUGGAUUUGUAACUUCUUUUCUUCUUGGAUUUGGAAUGGGGUCUAAUGAUGUAGCUAAUGCUUUUGGAACUUCUGUUGGAUCUAAAGUUUUGACAUUAAAACAAGCAAAUAUAAUGGCAACUUUAAUGGAAACUGCUGGGGCAGCACUUGUUGGUUACAAUGUGGUAGACACUGUCCGUAAAAGUAUUGUCGAGAUAAGCCUCUAUCAAGACCAACCAGAAAUUUUACUUGUUGGGCAAGUUGCCAUACUUGGCGGUUGUAGUUGUUGGUUGGUACUUGCAACAUUAUUUCGUCUUCCAGUCUCUUCUACUCAUUCAAUUGUUGGCUCUACUCUCGGUUUCACUUUAUUAAUGAAAGGAAAUGAUGGAAUACAUUGGAGUACUGUUGGGAAAAUAGCCAUUUCUUGGUUUGUUUCUCCAAUUCUUUCUGGAAUUAUUUCUUCUUCUAUUUAUAUGUGUGUUGAUUUUGCUGUGCUGAGAAGAAAAAAUCCAUUUGAAUGUGGACUUCGUGUAUUGCCUUUAUUUUAUUUUCUUUGCUUUUCGUUUUACACAUUUAUGGUUCUCUUUGAGGGUUCCAAAGUUCUUCAUCUUCAAAAUAUUCCUUUUUGGAUAACUUUAAUGAUUAGCUUUACUGUUGGAUUUAUUGCAUCACUCAGCUAUUUAAUUAUUAUCCGUCCAAGAGUUAUAAAAUGGUCACUCGAAUUGGAUAAAGAAGAGAAUUCUCAAAAUAAAAAGUCUAACGAAUUAAAAAUGGCGACAAUUCAUCCAAUUUCUAUUACUGGAACAAAUGAAGGAAUUUCUAAUGGAGUUAUUGAGAAACAACAAAAAGUGGAUAAUGAUCGUUUUCAACCUUUUGAAUUUUCUCCAAAAGGAAUCCUGCGUUGGUUUAUUCCGAGACGUGAUCGUAAAGAAGAUCAACGAACUCUUCGUCUUUUUAGUAUUAUACAAGUAGUUACUGGAUGUUUUGCUGGCUUUUCCCAUGGAGCAAGCGAUGUUAGCCACACAAUUGCUCCUCUUGUUGCAAUGUUGUCAAUUUACAAUACGAGGUCUGUCUUUCAAGAAGGGGAUACUCCCCUUUGGAUGAUGUUUUAUGGAGUUUCGGGAACUUGUUUGGGGUUUUGGUUGCUUGGACAGAGAGUUAUGGCUACAAUUGGAAAAAAAAUUACAGAAAUAAAUCCUUGCAAUGGUUUUGCUAUCGAAUUUGGAAUGGCAAUAACAGUUCUCUGUGCAAGUAAAUUAGGUAUUCCAAUUUCGACAACUCAUUGUUUGGUUGGAAGUGUAAUGUUUGUUGGAUUAAUAAAAGCUGGGGAGGGGGUAGAUUGGAAAGUUUUGAUAAAUGUAGCUCUUUCUUGGGUUGUUACAUUGCCAGCUUCAGCACUUUUUUCUGCAGGGAUUAUGUUUGUGCUAUAUACAUUUUUUGUGAAAUAA